UAUCAAAAUCUAUAAAUUUUUAUUACAUUUCAUAUGACACCAAUAUUGCAUAUAUAAAAAAAAUAAAAAAUAAUUACAUUAAAAUUUUGAAUUGAGGAUUGUUUUUUACGGUGCACACAAUUAAUCAGGAGUGAUAACUUAGAAUGGAACUGCACAAACUCCAUCACUUUUAUUAUCGUUUUAUUCUUUGCACUAGACUUUGUGCUGUUUUAGUCUAGGAUAUCACUCCAAUUAAUAGUGAGCAUGGUAAAAAAUGAUAAUAAACUGAACAAACUAAUAGAUUUGUUUAUAUAUACAACAUUGGUCUCAUAUGAACAAUAAUAAAAAGUUAGGAAUGCACUGCAGCAGCACUUCAGACGGAAGUCGCCGGCAUCAGCUGCAGCAAGUAGUAAGAAUUUAACUUUUACGGUUUUUAUACGGUUCCAUCGAAUUUUAACCAGAACCGAACUAAUCCCAGGCGUGGAAUAAACAAAAAUGGCGUUUAUUCCCGUCGUCAUCAUCAUCUUCUUCCAUCUUCAACUACUCCAAGGAGCGGUUCCAUCUUCCGAUCUGGGAGGGGACAGAAAAGCCCUGCUGAACUUUGCUAAGAAUAUUGCCAUCACCGGGGCAGGACCCCGGGGACCGAUGGGGUGGAGCCCAAAGCCCCCAAUUUGCAAGUCGUGGGUCGGAGUGCACUGCAGCAGCACUUCAGACGGAAGUCGCCGGCGGCAGCGGCAGCGAGUAGUUGGAGUGAAUCUGGGUGGUUAUGGAGUCCGAGGCGCAAUACCGGAGAAGACGAUCGGAAGACUGGACGCUCUGGAAACCCUGUACCUGGAGAACAACCGCCUCACUGGAGCUAUACCGGCGGACCUCACCAUCAAAAACAUUCCAAAGCUGAAGCACUUGAAUCUCAGCAACAACCGCCUCACUGGCUCCAUCCACUCAUCUCUCUCAGCACGCUUUCCUCCUUCUUCAUUUGCCAAUAAUUCUUUGCUCUGUGGACCCCCCAUGAAUCCCGAGCAACAGCCACCGCUUUUUCAUUCAGUGGAUCACUCUUCAGAGAGUUACACUGGCAAGAAAACCAAAUUUAACCUCAAACAUUUUUUACUUGUCGUUGUGCUUCCAUUUGGUGUUGGAUUGACUCUACUUAUUAUGUUUUGUUGGUGUCGUAUAUACGUAUGCAGGGUCCGCCCAAAGUAAGGUCCGAGAACCCAUGAAAAGGGAAGAGUUAUUUGUAAUUCAUUUGAUGCACCGCCAAUAACCCUCAAAAUUAUAUUGGACAUUUAUUCUUAUACAUAUUGCGGUUGUUAUUUUAAUUGGAGCAUUUUCUAGUUAUGUAAUCUUUUUAAAU